UGUUGAUGGGGGCGGAUCGGAUUGUAUAGGACUGUCAAAAGCUGGUUGUCAAGUGCAGCUAGUGCUUUGUCAAAGUUGACAAGUGGUAAAAACAACAUAAUAAAGGAGUGAGGAAAAAUGGCAGCGGAAAUAAAGCCUGCUACACAAUCAAAUGACAAGUUUUGUACCAGCAAGAAGCCGGCUUUGUUGGCAAAAUUAGAGGGAUGCCAUGACGAAAUCAACGCAGCCGUAAUUAUACCGGGUGAGGAGGGCAUUAUCAGUGUCUCCGAUGAUAAGACUGUCAGAGUAUGGCUGAAAAGAGAUUCAGGCCAAUAUUGGCCAAGUAUUUGCCAGUACAUGCCAAGUGGUGCAACAUCAUUAUUCUAUACUGUGGAAACAAGACAAUUGUUUAUUGGCCAAGAAAAUGGUACUGUGUCUGAAUUUUCAUUGGCAUCUGAUUUUAACAGGAUGAUGCCUGUGAGGGAGUACUUGGCUCAUCAAGGCAGAGUUACUGAAGUAAUUUUUGCUCUCAAUUGUGAAUGGGUGCUGAGUGUAAGCAGGGACAAAACAUUUUCUUACAAUUGUACACAAACUGGAAGAAACAUUGGUAUUUUCACUGCUGAAGCCUGGUGCACUGCUCUACAGUUUGACUCUCAAUCCAAGCAUGCAUUUGUUGGUGAUUAUUCUGGGCAUAUUACCAUGCUUAAGUUGUCCAACAAUGGGGCUUCUGUGGUUACUACUUUGAAGGGUCAUUCUGGAUCAGUUAGAACUUUGGCCUGGGAUAUGGAUAAGAAAAUGCUUUUUAGUGGCUCAUUUGAUCAGACUGUAAUUGUUUGGGAUAUUGGAGGUCAGCAAGGAACUGCAUAUGAAUUGCAAGGACAUCAUAACAAGGUGACUGCAUUAUGUUUUUUAAAUACAACGAGGCAGUUGGUAAGCGCCGGCGAAGACAAUGUCCUUGUUUUCUGGGACAUGAGCAGAUCGAGACAGGAGACCCCAGAAUGGAUCGAAUCGGACACCUGCCAGAUGUGCGGGCGCCCGUUCUUUUGGAAUUUACGAGCCAUGAUGGAUCAAAGGCAAUUGGGUCUAAGACAACAUCAUUGUCGCCAUUGCGGCAAGGCCGUAUGCGAUAAAUGCUCCACAGCUCGUUUGGCCAUUCCCAAUAUGGGCUUCGAAUUUGCAGUGAGGGUGUGCGAACCCUGCCAUAUUAAUUUAAAGGAUGUGGAUCGUCCUUCCUUGGCCACAUUCCAUGAUGCCAAACACAGUAUAUGCGCAAUGAGUUUGGAUGAGACUCGCAAGAAGUUGGUGACAGUAGGUCGCGAUAAGCUCAUAAAAAUCUGGGACAUCUCCGCUUUACUAUGAAAGGGUUGUUGUUUUAACUGUAAUUCUUUUUUGUUUAUGUUAUAUCAGACUGGAUCUUAUCAACUACUGUAUUGGAAUGUGAUUCACCAAAUUAAGAUAUGUCUAAUUAUUAGAGUGUGCUAUUGUUUAAUUUGUAAAGAUUUAUGAAUAUUAUUACUAUUAUAUUUAUAUUGUAUAGGUUUCAUUGAGGCAUUUCCAAUUUCAAUGGAAUAUUAUUUACAACAUAUUUGAAAGUUUAUAUGUAAAUAACAACUUAAUUUUAUCAUUAUUUUGUCAACAACUUAAGGACUAAUAUCUAAAAUGGCUUCAAUAAAUGGAAUAACAUCUGUUGCAUUCGAAAUAAUAAACCGUGGCAAAGGAUUAUUGUUUCCUGUACUAAAUUUGAUGAA